CAGCAUCCACCACCAUGAAGCUUCUGAUCUCCAUUUCAGCUUUGCUGGCUGUAGCAGCAGCCAAGCCCCAAAGCUAUGACCUUCCAUCCCCCUCUGGUGGCGGCCUCUCCGUUGGCCUCGGAGGACACGGCGGCGCUGGAGGCUUCGGCGGCGCUGGAGGACACGGCGGCGCUGGAGGCUUCGGCGGCGCUGGAGGCUUCGGCGGUGCUGGAGGCUUCGGUGGCGUUGGAGGACAUGGCGGCGCCGCUGGCCAUGGAUGCGGACCUGGAGAGGUUGUCCACGUCGACGGCAGGUGCGUCCAACCCCGUGUAAACCGCCGCGUGUUCGUGUACGACGUGCCCGAGACCCCCAAGGUUUACGGCCCACCCCCACCCAUCCCCGAACCCGUCGUCGAGCACAACAUCGUUCUCAUCCGCACUCCCGACGAAGGCCCCGGUCCCGAUCCCUUGGUCAUCCCUCCACCAACCCGGAAGAACAUUGUGUACGUCCUCAACAAGCAGUCCGAGGAAGAACAGCGUGUGAUCGAGGUGCCCGCACCACCACCCACCAGUCCUGAAGUCUAUUUCGUCAACUACGCAGAGGGCGAGAACCCAACUCUCCCCAGCGGCGUUGACCUGCAGAGCGCCCUCGGAUCAGCUUCCCAGGGAGGCGGCCAAAUCAUCGGCGGAGGCAUCGGAGGUGCCGGAGCAGGAUUCGGUGUUGGUUCUGGUGUUGGCUUCGGUAGUGGUGCCGGAGCUGGCUUCGGUGUUGGUUCUGGUGCUGGCUUCGGAGCUGGCGCUGGAGCUGGAUUCGGUGCCGGCGCUGGUGCAGGUGCUGGCUUUGGCGUUGGCACUGGUGCUGGCUUUGGUGCCGGUGCUGGUGCAGGCGCUGGCUUCGGUGCGGGCGUCGGAGGAGGUGUGGCUCAUCCCUCAGGUCUGUACUCCACCCCCUAGAAGCCCAUGUACUUGGACGCAUAAAUGAGUACGCUCUGAACAAGGCGAUGUUCAGACUUAUUAUUUAUUCGCUACUUAUAUAAACAAUAUUUAUUUCAAAAAUGUUAAUUUCUCAUUAGAAAUAAAUGCCAAAUCUUAA